CAACACAAAGUCAUUCUUUAUGGCACCUGCAUGAAACAGUGCAAAUAUGUAGAUGUUUAUUAGAGAAUUAUCUUUUAAUUAGUACAAAUUCAAUUGUAAAAAUGUGCAAUAGAUAGUGAAUAACCAAAAUGCAAAGCCUUCUCGGUUUUCCCGUGCUAAAUAGCAGUCUCUCCUUGACGCUGCUGUCAUCAGUGAAAGUGCUCAGGCGGACGGCAGAUGUUUUACUCUUAUGUAAUAAUUUAAGUGGAAAUGGAACGAAAUUGAAAUUGGCAACCGUCGCACAUGUAGAUAGUUCUUAUCAGCUGGCGCGUCGGCAUAAAAACACAACACUUCACAGGCAAUUUUCGCGCUAUUCGGCCAGCACAAUAAUGGGUUCCUCAGACAAGCAUCUAGUACUGAACGACUACAGUAUUGUUGGCUUCGAUUUGGAUGGCACACUACUGCGCUACAAUCUUCAGGAGAUGACAGUGCUAGUGUACAAUGUGCUGAAGCAGUAUCUGGUAGAUGAAAAAGGCUAUUCGCGCGCGUUGUUGGAUCAGCCACUGGAUAUGGACUUUUUGCAAAAAGGUCUGGUAUUGGAUGGUCCCAGAGGCAAUGUGUUGAAGCUCAGCAAUGAGGCAGUCAUACUUCGAGCCACACACGGCACACGCCUGCUCAGCGAUGCAGAAAUUGAGGAUGCCUAUGGAUGCAAUCGAAAAUGGGAUGUGACCACGGCUUUUUAUGAGGAUCCACUUUCUACGUGGAAUGGUCCGGCAGCUGAUCAAAUGCGAGCGUUACUCGAUUACUUCGAUAUGCCAAGUGCGCUCGUUUUUGCACAAGCAGUCGACCUCGUAGAUCAGGAAACCGGCAGACAGCAGAAUGGGUACACUGUCUGGCCGGAUCUUCUUGCUGGCCUAAUGCACAAUUAUAGUCGCGAUAACUUUAGCAAUGGCAAGAGCGCCUAUUUUACAGCCAUGCGUGCCGAACCCGAGCGUUUUGUGUUACCCACGAGUGGAAAGGUGAUAAGCUGGUUAGAAGAAUUGCGUGCUGCUGGCAAGAAACUCUUUCUGCUCACCGGCUCCAACAUAGACUUCGCCAAUUUGACGGCCACCCAAGCGUUUGGCAAAGAUUGGCCGCAAAUGUUCGAUUUUAUAGGGACGUAUGCCAAGAAACCGGGUUUCUUCACCAUGCAACGCCCGUUCAUGCGUGUGGAUGCGACGGCUCUGCAAGAGCUACCGAAUAGUGAAGUUAGUCUGGGGACAACACUGCAAAAAGGCAACAUUUACUCGCAAGGCAAUUGGCAUCAGCUGCAUGAAACGAUAGCUAAGAUGCUGAACAAGGACACUGCCUCGGCACGUGCUAUUUACUUUGGCGACAACAUUAUACAGGAUGUGUACACACCCGUAAAGCACCGCGAUUUUGAUGCCGUAGCCAUUGCGGAAGAGAUGCUGCUUGCGCACAACAAUUAUCCCUAUCCAGAGGCACUGGGGUCACGAUUCUGGGGCUCAUAUUUCUGUAUGAAAGACACACCUACACUCUGGGCCGGCCUAAUUACAAAAUAUGCACAGCUGUGUGUGCCUUCCAUGGAGAUAAUGGCUCAGUGUUCAACCUCUAAGUUGAUUGUGUCCAAAGAUGGAUUCUAUCCCACACAGCCCAAGGAACUCGAAAAUGCGAUGCAAUCGAACGGGGUGUGACCUCUGCAAAGCAAGAUAAGGAUUAUCAUUUAAUACUAUGUACUAUGUACCAGAUAUUUACUAAUUGAAGUAAUGCAAUGAAAAAUCGAAAGACAUUCUGCUGUUAUUGUGCUCGAACGCAUCAGUUGGCGUCGUCCGAAUUUAAAAUCCGUUCAAUUAAGCGCAACAAUAAAAACCUCAUACUUUACAUACUUAUAGAAAAAGUA